CUUUCGGGCUGCUGAAGACAAUCAGUGUACAUCCUAAAAUCUGCAACCUUGCAUCUCAAUGAUACUGAUAUUCUCAAGAUUUCGACCAUGUUUCCAUUAUACUCAUGGUUACGGUCGAUUUGCUCUAAUAUUUACCACCUCUUCUCCUCAAUUUUUAACAAGGCAAGCAUAUUUUUCUCUCUUCCUGGCAGUCCCAUAGAGCAGCAACCACGGAAAGCGGAUGUUGGACACCCAGGCAACUUCGUCAAAGCUGAUCCAGAAAAUACUACAGCCACGCCAUCUCUUGAAUCGAGUCAACCACCGAAGACUUAUCCUGAUGAUAUCACUUACAUAUGUGUUUCUGCCGAAUCUAUCAACUAUUCACAACCACGUCAUGGGGAAGUCAUAUAUGUCACUAAGGGGGAGAUUUUAGCCUGGGGGGGAACUGCCAUCCUUGAACGAUUACCGUCGGGCGCUGUCAUGAAGACACCCAUUCCAAAUCCAUACUGCCCACCUGAGGAACAGGAUCACCGUCGGAACAUGCAUGUCGAAGCCCGAAUAUAUGUCAUGAUCGGAGAUCAUCCACGCGUGCCCAGAUUAAUCUGCUGGGACGAAGAAACAUGCUGUCUAACGCUGGAGUAUCUAGAGAAUGGAAAUCUUGGAGACUACAUUCGGCAGAAUCAUCAGAACAUAACUCUUCAACUUCGUAUUCGAUGGAGCAGGCAAGCUGCUGAAGCACUAACGGUCCUUCAUAACCUGGAUGUUAUACACUGUGACCUCUCACCAAGAAACUUUCUCCUAGACUCUCAUCUGGAUUUAAAAAUUGCUGACUUUGGCGGUGCAUCUCUGUGCGGUUCAGACCCAUCAGCUACCCCUGCGAUAAGAUUUCGACCUCCCGGCUACGACUGGAAUGUUCCUCCAGUAUCUGGGGAUGAUAUAUUCGGUCUAGGGUCGUUGAUCUACUUUAUAAUGACCAGUUCUUAUCCCUACGAAGAAGUAGCUAGUGGUGAGGUUGAGAGACUUUAUGAAGUUGACAAGUUCCCUGAUUUGUGCUCUGUCAUUUGUGGAAAUAUUAUCAUGCAGUGUUGGCAUCGACAGGUAGACUCAGUUCAAGUACAUGAUGGCCUCAUGGCAAUCGAAAGAGAACUUUCGCUAUAGCUUUGUCUGCGACGUGUCCU